AUGGGUGUAUCAUAUCCGCAUCAGGAAUUCUGUUCUCAAACUUGGAUCUGUCAACGUGUACUAUUGAAGUAUGGAUACUCCCGUGGCGCGAAAGCAUGGGUAUCUCGUCUUUUUCUCAUGGCUUCCCUAUCAUCCAGAUUCUAUCAUUCGAGUUCAUCGCGUGUUACUGCUGUCUGCAGAAAUUAUUUACAUAAUUUGGGAACGUUAUUGAUGCGACAGGAUAUUCAUGCUACCCGUCCACUACUCAGCUACUAUGGUACUCACUGCAGGCAAGUUCGAUAUCCCGAAUGGCGACGUGCCUUCUCUGGCGACAAUCAUUCCCCCGACGGCGUCGGAAAGAUGGCAUGGACUUUAUAA